AUGCACCUAAUGCGCAGCUCGCUGCUGCCACCCUUCAGUCCAUUUCAACACCAUGGUCCAAAAUUGCGCCAGCUAGACCAGAAAAUCCUAUUCUCUCUCUAUAACUCAGCUCCUAGGCACUCGCGGAUAACAUGGCGCGGUUCUCAUAUAUCUGCGAAAACAAGGCGGCUCGAAAACGCCCACUAUGUCCAGCGGACCUCAAUCCUGUUUAAUGGCGCCCCAGCGCCGAAAUCGGUCACGUCACCCGCCUUCCUGGGUAUCGCAACGCAGGUCAGAUAUUUUUCAAGGUCUCCUGCAUUCUGGGAAAGUCCUACUCCUGUGAUCCGAGACCAGUCUAGGUCGAAGGUCAAUGAUGACGCCGACGAAGAGGAGGCUUUUGAGAAGUCUGAAAAGGCAGCCCAAGCCUCGCACGUCAACUUGAGCGCGAGACUGUCGAAAGAGGGAAGCACCGUCAAGAACGCUGGUUUUGGUGAAGUUUGGCGAUUGAUCAAGAUUGCUCGGCCAGAGGCCAAAGUGCUGGUGUGGGCAUUUGUUCUCUUGCUGAUUUCAUCAGGUAUCACCAUGUCGAUACCGUUUUCGAUUGGUAAGAUUAUGGAUAUUGCUACAAAAGGAGGUGCCAAAACAGAGGGUCCAGAAGCUGAAGAGAAGUCGGACAUGCUCUUUGGGUUGAGCCUGACCACUUUCUACACCGGCCUGGUUGCCGUGCUUGCGACUGGCGCAGCAGCCAACUACGGUCGUAUCAUCAUUCUGCGAAUUGUGGGUGAGCGGAUCGUCGCUCGCCUCCGUUCGAAACUCUUUCGCCAAACGUAUGUGCAGAAUGCGGAAUUCUUCGACGCAAACCGAGUGGGAGAUUUGAUCUCGAGACUCAGUUCCGACACCAUUAUCGUGGGCAAGUCUAUCACUCAGAACUUGUCUGAUGGCCUGCGUGCAUUCGUCAGCGGUGCAGCUGGCUUUGGUCUCAUGGCCUGGGUAUCUCUGAAAUUGACAGGCAUAUUGGCCUUGCUCUUCCCUCCAGUAGCAAUGGCCGCAUUUUUCUAUGGCAGAGCGAUACGAAAUCUCAGCCGCAAGAUACAGAAAAAUCUAGGCACAUUGACAAAAAUUGCAGAAGAGAGGCUGGGCAAUGUCCGAACGUCACAAGCAUUUGCCGGUGAAAUUCUCGAAGUCCACCGCUACAACACACAGGUUCGCAAAAUAUUCGAGUUGGGAAAGAAAGAGUCCUUGAUCAGCGCUACCUUCUUUUCCACCACCGGUUUCAUGGGCAACAUGACUAUUCUGAGUCUGCUCUAUGUGGGCGGUGGGAUGGUUUCCAACGGCACGAUCAGCAUUGGUGAGCUCACCUCUUUCCUCAUGUAUACGGCCUAUGCCGGGUCAUCUAUGUUUGGGCUUUCUUCGUUCUAUUCCGAAUUGAUGAAGGGCGUCGGUGCUGCGUCCCGACUGUUUGAGCUGCAAGACAGGGAACCAACCAUUUCGCCAACUAAAGGUACCAAGGUCGUCUCUGCACGAGGUCCCAUCAGAUUUGAGAAUCUCACCUUCAGUUAUCCCACGCGACCUGCCGUCAAGAUCUUCCAGAAUCUUGACUUUGAGAUCCCGCAAGGAUCUAAUGUGGCCAUUGUCGGGCCUUCAGGUGGUGGCAAGAGUACGAUCGCGUCUCUGAUCCUGCGAUUCUAUACCCCAUCAGAGGGACGUAUUUUAAUUGAUGGCAAGGACAUUUCGACACUGAACGUCAAGUCACUUAGGAGAAAGAUUGGUAUUGUUUCGCAGGAGCCAGUUUUGUUUUCUGGGACAAUCGCAGAAAAUAUCGCAUAUGGUAGACCACAUGCCACUAGAGCUGAGAUAAUGCGAGCCGCGAGAAGAGCGAACUGCCAGUUCAUCAGCGACUUUCCUGAUGGGUUGGAUACCUUUGUUGGCGCCCGUGGGACGCAACUUUCCGGAGGACAGAAGCAACGUAUUGCUAUUGCUCGAGCCCUGGUAAAGCAACCGGAUAUUCUAAUCCUCGACGAAGCUACAUCUGCCCUUGACGCUGAGUCCGAAACUCUAGUCAAUGAAGCAUUAGCUUCCCUACUCAAAGGAAGCAACACAACCAUCUCCAUUGCUCAUCGUCUUUCCACGAUCAAGCGCUCCGACACUAUCAUUUGUUUGGGUAGCGACGGUCGCGUGGCUGAGAUGGGCUCUUAUAAAGACCUGAGCAGUCGCCCUGACGGCGCUUUCACCAAGCUAAUGGAGUGGCAGAUGAGUGGAGGAGAAGCACCACGAAGCGACAUUGAUAAUUUGGCAAUUGGUGCAGAGCACAAAGGACCGCCAAAUGAGCGUGACGAAAUUGAAGUCGAAUUGGAAGAGGCAGACGGUGUUGAAGCCGAUGAUGAAAUCCAGGGCAGCAAGGCUCAAGAAACUGUUAAAAAGGCUAUCGAGGAGAAGCCCGAGCAAUAA